AUGGACGAGCUCCAGAAGAAGAUCGACGAGAGGGACGGGUCUCCAGAGCCCCAGGACGUGUUGUGCUCCCCGUUCGCAAACACCAUCAUGGAGGAGCCCUUACCUCGAGAUUUUUGCUUUCCCACCAUUAAAGCGUACUCGGGGACCACGGACUCGCGGGCGCACCUCACCAGGUAUAGGGCCGCCAUGAUGAUCGCCGGGGCCACCGACGCCAUCCUGUGUAGAGGGUUCUUCGCCACCCUAGAUGGGCAGGCGCACGAUUGGUUCGCGUCCCUCCCGGAAGGGUCCAUCUCCACCUUUGCGGACCUCACCCGGCAGUUCUUGUCCCAUUUCGCCACCAACAUACAGCGGAAAAAGCAAAUCGCCGACCUGUGCAAUCUGAAGCAGGGGAGCUCGGAAUCACUAGCCGAGUACCUCAGCAAGUGGAAGAAGGAGACCAUGGGGGUCGCCAACUUCGAUGGGAAGUCGGCCAUGCCGAUUUUCCGAAACAACAUCAGGUCGGGCGCUUUCCACCAGGACCUCAUCAGGUACCCUCCCAGGAGCUACACCGACCUGAUGGACAGGGCAGCCAGGUAUGCUGACGCUGAGGCUACCAAAAAGAGGAAGAAGGAACAGGAAGAGGGGAGAGGUCGGAAAGAUAAGGCACCUAAAGAGGAGCGCAAGGCGCCGCGGCCACACCGACGUGAAUAUACCGAGGGGCCCAGGUUGAACCCCACACGCUACCUCACCCCGUUGACACAACCUGUGGGCACCAUCUGGCGCACGCGGAGGACCAGGGGAUCAUGGUGUUCCCGAAGGAGGAGUGCUUGA